UUUCCUUGGAAUUGUUCUCUUAGGCUUCCUCAAACCACCCCAAACACAAUGGAGAUGCUAUCUCCAUACCUCAUUUUCCUCCUCCUCCUUCAACAAUUCACCGCGGUGACUUCCAUUGGAGUCAACUAUGGAACCAUUGCCAAUAACCUCCCUCCUCCGGCCCAAGUAGCCCAGUUCAUAAAAGACAAAACCAUCAUCGACCGGGUCAAGAUCUUUGACAUGAACCCGGACAUCAUCCGAGGAUUCGCCAACACCGGAAUCUUACUCUCUGUCACCGUCCCCAACGGUGAUAUAGCCGCUCUCGCCAACCGCAGGACCGCUCGCCGUUGGGUCGCAUCCAAUAUCAAACCCUUCUACCCGCAGACAAAAAUCAAUCAUAUUUUAGUGGGAAACGAAGUCCUCCAUUGGGGCGACCAAAACAUGAUCACUAACCUAGUUCCCGCAAUGAGAGCCAUUCACAACGCGCUCAAACGCGCUGGGGUCGGGGAAAUAAAGGUCACCACCCCACAUUCCCUCAUCAUUUUAGAGAGAUCCAACCCGCCUAGUUCGGCCAAGUUUCGAACCGGAUGGGACAAGAACAUCUUGGCCCCAAUGCUACUUUUCCAUCGGCAAUCCAAAUCCCCCUUCAUGGUAAACCCGUACCCGUAUUUCUCUUGGACCCCCCAGAAUGACCGAUUUACCCUGUUCCACCGGAACCAUGGCAUUCAUGACGGGCCAGGUGGGAAAGUGUACACCAACAUGUACGACUUGUUGUUGGACGCGGUGUUUACGUCCAUGCGGAAAUUGGGUUUUUUGGACGUGGAGAUUGCGGUUGGAGAGGUGGGGUGGCCAUCGGCGGGUGAUCCGGGCAUGACCCAGACCACCGUGGAUAAUGCACGGUGGCAUAACUUAAAUAUUUUGAAGAAGGCCGGGUCGGGUGUCGGGACGCCCCUGAUGCCGGGUCAUAGGUUCGAGACGUUUAUUUUUGCCCUUUUUAAUGAGAAUCUCAAACCCGGUUCGAAUGCAGAGAGGAAUUUCGGGUUGUUUAGGCCGGAUUUCUCGCCGGUUUAUGACAUUGGCAUUAUGCGUGGACAGUCAGGUGGUGGUGUUGUGAAGCCUGCGCCGGUGCCGGUGACCGGAAAACAGUGGUGCGUGCCAAAAGCAGAGGCCAGCGACGCGGCGUUGCAGUCCAACAUUGACUACGUGUGCAACAACGGAAUUAACUGCGGGCCCAUUCGGGAAGGCGGGCCGUGCUUCGACCCGAACACAGUCAGGUCCCACGCGGCCUACCUCAUGAACUUUUACUACCAGGCUAAGGGCUACCAGAGUUACAACUGUGACUUCUCCGGCACGGGCGUUGUCACCUUCUCCGACCCAAGUUAUGGUGCGUGUAAAUAUCCAACCGCCGGAAGUUGAGCAGAUGUAUGUAUGCUGGCAGUAGGAAAAAAACGUACGAAAUACUUCAUCGGAGUGGGGAUUAAUUUACUAAUUUACUCCAUUUGUUGAAAAGGUUUUUUUUUUUUUGUUGGCUUUUUGAACCUGGAAGUCCUUGAAAUUAAGGUCCAUUAACAAAUUAAUGUACUUCCCACUAUCCAUGAUCGUUGUAAAUUAAGGUUAAUGCUAACCAUUUUAAAUUUCCAUAUGCUGUUCGGUUCAGGAUCAAAGACGAGUCUUCCAAUUAAUUAGGCCACUAAAUCUCUAUGGGAUU